AUGUGUGAAACUAUUGAAGACUUCACUCGUGUUCAAAUAAUGCCAAGGUCUCACUGCGACUGCUUCCUUAUAGGUUCCUGCAAUGGAUUGGUUUGUGUGGUUCAUGUCCAUGAGGUUAAGAUCCAACAAGUCGAGGGGUUUGAGCUUGAGUCUGUCAUUAGCCUUUUUUUGGAUGUUGAUGGUGUGGAGAACGCUCUGGAAGUGGUGGCAAAAGUUUAUAGCCCUCUGUAG